CGCUCCUGUCCAAGAUAAGCACAAACCUGGAAAUGCAUUUGCGCUCAACUAUGUCAUCACAGUUCCUUAUCUUCGCGGUGUUCGCAGCAAUAGCCUUCUCAUCGCCUGUGAGUUCUGCGAGGACGUUAGACUUGCCAGAGAUGUCCACAGGCCCCACUGGCGGAACCGGAAGCCCGGAUGGAGCCACUGGCUCAGGCCACGGCCCCAACUGGGACUACAGCUGGGGCUGGGGUUCAAGCCCGGGGAGUGGCUGGGGCUACGGUUCGGGGUCUGGCCAUUCACCCACAGGAUUCGGCAAGGGAUUUGGGUACGGCUUUGGUUCGGGGACAGGAUCAGGAUCUGGGUUCGGGUAUGGUUCAGGGGGUGGCGGUGCUCACGGCGGAGGCUCUGGGUACGGAAGUGGUUCUGGCAGAUCUGGAGGUGCUGGAGCAGGCGGCGGGAGCGGCAAUUCUGGUGGAUCCGGCGGUAAAUCCCCGUCAUACCCUAGAGACAGAGACCACCGUACUUAAUAUGCUGAGACGAUCGGUUCAAGAAAGAAUUUACCUUCUAGAGAAAAUAGGGUCCUCAGGGUCGUAACGCGUGCAUCAUGUACGAAAUCAUGUCUUCAGCAUGAGAAAUAUAUAUUUAUAUAUAUGUAUAUAUAUGGCAACAUAAUGUCAGCAGAAUAGUACCAAUCUCCAUCUUUUCUACCA